AAAACGGACCCUAAAUUCUUUGACGUACGCCGUGCAUCAGAACGCAGCUUAACCUGCUUCAGGAAACUGGAAGGGACCCCCCGUAAGAGGCCUGAAAAUCUCGUAGCUUCGUACUAAUCUGCUCUGCAGCAUACAGGGCGUGCGAGAAAAGGUUUGUCCUGUAUCUGAAGUUGCAAAUUAUUGGUGCUAGAUCUUUGAUGUUAUUGAGCUCUGGGUUUUCAUGCACUACAAGGGAAACCCAUUCGUGUAGUGUGAUUCAUGCAAGAUGGCUGGCUGGAUUUCAGUGAAGAAAAGAGGAUGAUAAGGUUUUGGAUUUUAUCUGUUGGAUUUGGUCUUCUUAUUAACAUCUAAAGCUACAAAAACAGCAAACAAACAAAGAAGAAAGAAGACUACUUUAUGAUCCAUACUCUCUGUUCGGUGGGUAUCCAAGCUAGCUUUCUGAGUUGGGUGUUUAUCAUUGUUAAAUUCAGCAAGGCAAAUAUAGCAGACUCGAGAGAGAAAGAAAUGCAACAAAGGUAAUAAAGAGGGUAUAUUUGGUCCUUGGAUUUGUCUUUCCGUCUGGCUUUGAUUUUCUGAAAGGUGAGAGCUUCUUCUCUCUGCCAAAACCCGAACAUGGCGAAUCGCUGGUGGGCUGGAAAUGUUGCGACGACAGGGGUGGACCCCAUGUCCUCGGCCUUGUCGCUUGACCUCAGAAACCCAGAAGAUGACAAUGGUGGAUUAAACCGGCUCGGACCCAGAAGAGAGCAAGAAUUCAUGGACGGCAACAUUACCAACAACAACAACAGCAAUGCAAACACUACUCCAACCAAGAGCAGCACCAGCAACGCUGCCCCACAGAAGCAAAAUAUCGAAGAAGAAGAUAUCCGAGACAAUGAGCGCGAGGCCGAGGACCCCAACACGGGAGCUCAACAAAGCGUUGAGCCAGGUAGUAGUGGCCGCCGUCCCCGAGGUCGACCGCCGGGGUCGAAGAACAAGCCGAAGCCUCCAAUAGUCAUUGCCAAAGAAAGUCCCAAUGUCCUCAGAAGUCAUGUGUUGGAAAUCAGUAGUGGCAGCGAUAUUUCCGAUUGCAUUGCGUCGUUCGCCAAUAGACGGCAUCGAGGGGUCUCGGUUCUCAGUGGUAGUGGCAUUGUUACCAACGUUACUCUCAGGCAACCUGCUGCACCGAGCGGGUUGAUCUCGCUGCAUGGAAGAUUUGAGAUAUUGUCCCUAUCGGGAGCCUUCUUGCCAGCCCCAUCGCCACCUGGGGCUUCUGGGCUAACCUUGUAUUUAGCUGGCGGGCAGGGGCAGAUUGUUGGUGGGACUGUGGUGGGCGCGCUGGCGGCGUCGGGCCCGGUUAUGGUUAUUGCUGCGACGUUUACGAAUGCAACGUAUGAGAGAUUGCCACUAGAGGAUGAGCUGGCUGCUGGGGAUCAGGCAAUGCAAGUGCAACAACAAUCAGGGGUCAAUUCGGGUACUUCCGGAAAUUCAGCAUGUCAAGGUUUGAGUGAACCAGCAGCAGCUUCAAUGCCUAUGUACAAUCUACCUCCGAAUCCACUACCGAAUGGUCAGAUACCCCACGAUGUUUUUUGGGGUCAUCCUCGUACUCCUUUCUGAGAGAGAGAGAGAGAGAGAGGGGGGGGGGGGGGUUUCAAUGUUAGUAUGGUUUUGCUGACUUUUUUUUGUCCAUAUUAUUGUAAGCAUAGAAAUGAAGAUAAGACUUGUUUCUAUCUUCUUCUUGUAAAUCUCAGUCUCCAGGGCUCCGGGCAAGGAAAAUCAAUAUAUGUGUUCCUCGUUAGGUAUUUUCUAUA